CCUUUCACCGCAAUGUCUUCUGUUCAGCAUCUGAGAGAGUUUAUCAGCCAGCGACUAACUGCUGCCGCCGAAGAAAUAUUCUCAGAGUUAGAAAAAACCAUCGUCCAGUACGAGGACGAGAUCAACCGUCAGCGCAGACUGCUGGAAGUCCGAAGGAAACCCCGAAUUGCCCUGAAAACAGCAGACCUUAGUCAGCGCGAUGGCUUUAUGAACGAGGAGGUUCUCACUGAACAACUGUGCAGCCAGGGCAGAACAUCUCAUUCUCAGGAGGGAAAAUGCAUCAAUCAGGAGGAAGAGCAGCUGGUCCUUCAUGAGGACACUUGUGAUAUCGUGACAAAACACUAA